CAGGUCCGGCUCCAGUUCACCUCGCUCGCCUCUCGGCUCACCUCAUCAGUCGCGAGCGUGUCCAAGGUCGCCUCGUUCGCGCUGCGCCACGCCACCAAGUGCGCCGACGACAUCUGGGACUGCUACCUCGACGAGGUGUCGACCGCGACCCUCAACGCCCGCGUCAACCUCCUCUUCCUCCUCGACUCGCUCCUCGACAAGGAGGGCCCGCGGACCGCAGCGCCGCCCAGGCCACCAACGGGCACCCACACGAGCUACCGCGAGCUCGUAGAGCGCGACUUGGACACGGUCGUCAAGCUCGUCGUGCCCGACUCGCGCGAGGGCGUCCUCAACUGGAUGAGCACGGCGCAGGUCCUGCGCUCGUGGAAGACUCGCCGCCUGCUCGACGCCGACAUCCUCGACCAGGUGUUGGCAGAGCUCGAGGAGCGCAAAGCGAGGUGCGCCCGACUCUCUCCCUUCUCCGGGUCGCACUCGAGCGAUCUCUAA